GGUUACGAUCACAUCACCAAGAUGUUGACAGUUUUUAUUGUUUGCGUUGUCGCGUCGGCAGGAGCCCAAGUGUUUCAUAAAGUGGAGUUAGCUGAUGAAAAAACUCCGUACGAUUAUGUGAAGGAACGAUUGGAUGCAAUUGGUACUGACGUAAGAUCCGGGGUUCCUAUAGCUAAUUCAUACGAAGUUGAAGAAAGUGAGGAUUAUCCUGAUAAACUAGAAGGAGCUGCAUCUACUAUUCUGAACACAGUUGGUGGAGUAGGAGUGGGCGGAGUUGGUGGUGGUGUUGGUGGAGUUGGAGGUGUUGGACAACUUGGUGUUGGAGGCAUUGGCUUAGGCCAGGGAAUUGGCCUCGGAGGACUCGGUGGCCUAGGACUUGGCCAAGGAUUAGGCAUUGGCCUUGGUGGGCUUGGUGGCAUCGGUGGUGCUGGAAUUGGAGCAGGAAUCGGCCAAGGUGGAAUCGGGACAGUGGGUCUUAUUAACCCUGGAAUAGGUCUUGGCGUCGGAGGUGUGGGCAUAGGCAACGGUCUCUUGUACCAUCAUCCUAUAUUAGGAGCUCAAGUGGGUGGAGGAUAUGUUGAUAAAAAGGAGUAUGACUCUGCACAAAAGAAGGGUGCUGGGGAGAAUAUUGAGAAACUAGAAAAGAAGGCUGAAGAAGAAUCUAAGCAUGGACAAGAAGGUUUCCAACAAGCUGCUGCGGCUGCAAAGGCAGAAAAAGGAGAAUCCAGUUUUUAUAAAGAUGAAGAAGCCAAAAAGAAAGCUGCCGGUGAUGAAAAGUUCUACGAAGGUGGUCAGAAGUUUGAUAAACAUGGUGCCAAUGAAGAACAGCUUAAGAAAGCGAAGAGCCACAAAAAGGGCCAUGUGAGCAAAGGCUUCAAAUCUUCAAGUAGUAAGAAUGAAGAAGAGAAAACUGAGAGCUUUUACGAUGAGGCACAUGACGAAGCUGACCAUAAGGUUGCUGGGCAGAACGCUGGUUCCUUUGGUGAAAAUGCUCACCAAGGAUUCAAAGGAGCUCAUGAGGAGAAAGUAUUGGACGCCAACGCGCACGGAAAGGAAGGACAUCAUGUGUCAGAACAGAAGAUUGAUGACGCCAAAGCCAACAAGGGAGAAUUCCUGCAGAAAGGCUACAAAGGGGGUGCCGAACAGCUGGAGAAAUUCAACAACUUGGGUGCCCACUCGAUCCACGGUCACCAAGAAGCCAGCGGAGGGUUCCAGCAAAACAAGGGAAUAUUGCCUAUCCACCGCUAAAUCGACUUCUUCUGACGAUUGUUGUAAUAAAUACGU